AUGGGAGAUAGCCAAGAGAUUGCAAAGGCAGAGGAAGAUGGUGGCCAACAGGAGAGAGGUCAAAGUUCGAAAGAAAAGACUCCAAAAAGGAUCAUAUACUUUGCAAGUGGUGAAUGUAUGGAAGAAUUCAGCUCCGAAGAGGAAGACCAAGAGGAGGACAUCCACAAAACCUUUGACACUGCCAAUCUUUCUUGGGGUGCUUACCUGCAAUUCUGGGCACUUCACGUUGCAGCAAUGUCAUUUUUUACUUGUGAAUUUCUUGGUGGGAAAUUGGCUGCAUUUUUUGGACUUGACCAACCCAAAUAUCAGUAUGCAAUAGACGAACAUUACAGGACUGAGAGAAAGGAAAUUGAAAGCGAUGAAGAUGGCGAAGAGAUGCUAGAGAUGGAGAGAGCUGCUCCACCAGAUGAAAAACAGCACCUGGAAAUGCAGAGUAUAGGAUACGGGUCGCUUCCUGGCAAAGACACAUCCGCAUUUUGUCAGAGAGACACUUUUGCAAAUGUCUCUGAAUGUGGAGAAGGUAGCUUGACAGAUCAGUAG